AUGUCACUGGUCAUUGCGAAUGGCAGCGGUUUCCCGAUUUGGGCACAAGUCGACGCGAAUCGCGAUCAUGCGAUCGAGAGCAGCACGAGUGUGACGGCGUGGAUGGAGUUCAACGGCAAAAUCAGCACUCAAAAAGUCAAGUGCGAAAAUAUUGAGUUUGAGCUGUUUUUCGACGAUGCCCAACCAUGCGUUUAUGAUAGCGUGAACACCGCCGCGAGUCAAGGAUUCACAAAGAUCACCGAAUUCACUAGUUUGCAAUUCAAGCCGGCUUCUUCAAAUGGCACCGCCUAUGUCUCAUUGUUUUAUCAGCCGAGGGAAAAUGGUCCCUUAUUGCUCAUUGCUGCCGCUUAUCCAGCGGAACUCGACAAGAAUAUCAUUAUCGACGGAGAUUGUACGGUGCGUUUUCUACAUAUUACAGAUGAUAAUGUCAAGAAGAAAAUCUACCUCGAAAUGUAUGGAUUCCAGAAAAUUUCGGAUUCUGCACAAAUUGAAAGAUUUGGAGUUUCGCCGUCCAUGUAUUGCGCUGUUUUUCUAGAAAUUGAAGAUACGCUGAAAUUGAUUACCAGCGCCCAAAAAGUGAAUAUCCAACGUAUCGAUUUGUAUUCGGAUGACACAAUUGACUAA